AUGGUUCCUGCAGCAGGCACAAGUCAGCUUACAAGCUGUUCUGAAAGUGAUGUUCUCACAAAUGCCGCACCAGUUUUUGGAAACAUUGUUCAAGUAAUUUCUCUCUCUUUUUGUCUUCCAGCUGUAGCAGAAGUGAAACUUCGUGAUGAUCAAUAUACCCUUGACCACAUGCGUGCUUUUGGCAUGUAUAAUUAUCUUCACCUUGACUCCUGGUACCAGGAUAAUGUUUACUACAUUGACCAAUUUGGAAGGGUUAUGAACUUGUCAGUUACUCUGGACACUGCUCUGCAAAAGCCAAGAGAAGUUUUCAGGCUACCUACAGAUUUGACAGCUUACGAUAAUCGCCUUUGUGCCUCAAUAUACUUCUCAUCUUCCACAUGGGUUACCAUUUCUGAUGGAACAGGAAGACUGUAUUUAAUUAAGUCAGGCAAACGUGGAAACAGUGCAUCGGAAAAGUGGGAGAUUGUGUUUAAUGAAGAACUAGGCAAUCCAUUUAUUAUAGUACACAGUGUUUCAUUUGUAAAAUCUGAUAAACAUUCAGUAGCUGUGCUGCUGCUUAGGGUAGAAAAAGAUGAAUUGGACACAAAAGGAAGUGGAUUUCAUAUUACUUUGGAAUGGGUUACAUUUGUGGAGAUGAACAAAGCGAAUGAACAUAGGUAUGAAAUCUACAAAAGGAGAAUUUUACAGGGAAAAUCAGUCCCCCAUUAUGCAUCAAUAGAGCCAGGUGGAGAUGGUCUAAUGAUUAUUUCCUACAAACCAUUCAAAUUUGUACAAGAAAAGGAAGAAAUUUUAGAAGAAAAGGACGAUAAGAAAACAACAAAUGAAAAGAAAGACCCUCUCUAUUACUGGCAACAGACUGAAGAUGAUGUUACAAUAACAGUUAACAUUCCUCAGGACAUCACUAAGGAAGACGUAAAAGUACACUUUUCCCCUGACAACAUAUGUGUUACAUUGAAAGACCAGCCUGCUUUGAUGGAAGGAAAAUUAUAUUCAUCUGUGGACCAUGAAAGCUGCACUUGGAUAAUUAAAGAGAACAAAAGGUGUUGUAUAUGAUUUUAAGGUUUACCA